AGCCCUUCACUCUUCAACUGAAUGCGUGCUUUAUUCAAUCCACAAACUGGAGAUCAUCUUAAGCAAGAGUUGUCAUGCCGUUCGGUUUGGUUUCAGCGUGGAAUAAGCGCCGCAGAAGCAAGUCCGAGGAUCACAUCAAUCCUUGGGUAUAUAAACCGGUGGAGUGUUGGAAAAUUGACGGCAGCGCUCCACCUGCAAAAAGACACCAUGGAUCAGCAGUUUUCACGCUUAAAGAAAUGGAAGAGGCAACACAUUCUUUCAGUGAACAAAAUCUACUUGGGAAAGGAGGAUUUGGUCGAGUCUACAAGGGUACUUUACGGUCUGGAGAGUCACAGAUUGUAGCAAUCAAGAAAAUGGACCUACCGUCAUUUAAAGCAGCAGAAGGGGAACGCGAAUUCCGGGUGGAAGUUGAUAUCUUAAGCAGAUUGGACCAUCCCAAUCUUGUAUCUUUAAUAGGCUAUUGUGCAGAUGGGAAGCAUAGGUUCUUGGUUUAUGAAUAUAUGCCACGAGGGAAUCUGCAAGACCACUUGAACGGUUUGUUUGUUUGUGAAUUCUGCACUACUUCUCAAACUUUUGUGCUUGAAGAUGUAUUAGUCUUACAACAGCUUCCAGGUAUUCGAGAACUGAAGAUGGAUUGGCCUUUGAGACUCAAAGUGGCUCUUGGAGCAGCAAGAGGACUUGCAUAUCUCCAUUCCAGUUCUGCUGUCGGAAUUCCUAUUGUACACCGAGACUUCAAAUCAACCAAUAUCCUGCUAGACAACAACUUUGAAGCCAAGAUUUCAGACUUUGGACUUGCAAAGUUGAUGCCAGAGGGCCAGGAAACCUGUGUAACAGCAAGAGUGCUGGGUACUUUUGGCUACUUUGAUCCAGAAUAUACGUUGACAGGAAAACUCACUUUACAAAGUGAUGUUUAUGCAUUUGGAGUGGUUCUGCUAGAGCUUUUGACUGGACGGAGAGCAGUUGACCUGAACCAAGGACCAAAUGAUCAGAACUUAGUACUGCAGGUUAGGCACAUAUUGAAUGAUAAAAAGAGGUUGCGCAAGAUAAUUGAUCCAGAUAUGAGCAGGAAUUCAUAUACAAUGGAGUCUAUAGCCAUGUUUGCUAGCCUUGCAUCACGCUGUGUACGAAUUGACAGUACUGAACGGCCCUCAAUGAUAGAAUGCGUUAAGGAGCUCCAACUAAUUGUCUACACAAAUUCAAAGGGACUAGGGAUGACACUGCAUACUUUCAGAAUGAUUUAAACAAACAACAAUCUUUUUCAUACAAAAAUUAGAGAUGCAUCAUGAUACACCGUGUAAAUGAUCUUCCAGCUAAGAAGACUGUACUGCAACCUAGAAUCUUCAAAGUUCAAGAAAUUCUUAAGAUUUUUACAAGCAACCCUCAGUUUAUUGAUUGGUCAUAUAUGAUAAACAUACUCAUAGGUGUCUGAAGGAAGAUGGUAUUUUUAUAAUUUAAUGACUCAAAAAGAGUUUCUGAUAGACAGCCGGAAGCAUCAGGUGUCAUAUUUUUCCUUCUUUUUUUUUCCUCUUUUAGCUUCACCAUUUUCUGAUAAGGUAUUUCUCUCGUGUAAUUUGAAGAUUUGUACAACAAUGUGAAUAAAAUCUGAGACAUUGCUCGUCUUUUCCUUA